CCUGAUUCAACUGAAGAUUUUUUCAGUGUUAACGUUAGACAGCCCAGUGUUUUCGUGAGUUGUGUGGGUGUAAGAAAAGUGUAAAAGUAGCUAUCUAUUUAACGGUAACUAGAUACAAGUAUAUAGAGGAACACUUUUCAGACUACAUCUCUUAACUGGAAGUCAAUGAACAACAGUUAAGGCCCCGCCCCCCCUCCCAGUGUGCCUCGCCCGUGGAUUUUGGAGGAAUGCCCCCCCCUUGGAGGAACGAACACGCUCUGCAGGGAUCUGCGUGAGGCAGCGUGGCUGCUGAGGGCUCGGGGUCGGACAUGGACAACUUCACAACGCGGACAUAUGGGACCGGCGGGCUGGACAACCGGCCGCUCUUUGGGGAGACGUCCGCCAGGGAUCGUAUUGUCAACUUGGCAGUUGGUGGACUCACAUCUUUGCUAGUUAUAGUGACGAUUAUUAGUUCAUUCUUCUUCCCCACGACGCCUCCGAAACCUUUGAAUGUCUUCUUUGCCAUCUGUAUCCUCUUGAUCUGUGGUGCAGUGAUGGUGCUGAUAUUCUGGUACCGGCAAGGAGAUUUGGAGCCCAAAUUCCGGAACUUGAUCUAUUACUGCUUAGGGUCGAUAGCCAUGUUGUGUAUAUGUGCCAAUUUGUAUUUUCACGAUGUUGGAAAAUGAAUGACAACAAUGCCUUACAAAACUACUCCAAAAUAACAAGCUGUUGAACAUAUGGUACCUUACGCAAGCAGAAAGAUCUAACUGACGCUAACUGACUGACUAUGGCCAUUUUACUCAGUCAAAGAUCAGUCCUAAAGACUUUCUGAACAUUGAAGCACCUUCCGAUCAUUUAAUUUUCCACACUCUGCAUGCAAGGUUAAAAAUAUAGUUAGAAGUAUAUUGUAUUCAUCUGGCAUGUACAGACACUCAAAUUUAUCUGGAAUGUAAUCCAACAAAUACUUGAACUCAACUGUUAGGACAGGUUGGCCUGCUAAACCAAUGAAUGCUAUCUCCUUUUCAAUACCAGCCUCUUUUUUCACAUAUGCAAUUUCAGGAUCUCUGCUGGAAUAAUCAACCAGUGAAACACAUAGCAGCAAUAUAAUCAGGUUAAAAAUGCCAACAUUUGCUCUGGGAAAAGCCAUGGCUUCUUACUUUUUUAUUAUACUGCAAAUGUAUAUAAUAUGUAUACAAAAGUACAAAGAGCUGUACAUUCCAAACAAAUAGUUUUUCAAUGGAUUAUUUUUUGGAGGGGCGGGGUCAUUGCUUUUGUUUUAGAACUUGUAUGAAGACAUUAAGAUUUUCUUUCUUGUCAGAAAGACCAAUGGAAUCUGCUUUUUUGCCUAUUGUAAUUUUUGAAGAUCAUUGUACUUGGGUGUCAUUUGUAUAACUGGAGGUAUUUCAAUCUGAACAUCAGUGAGACUGAUAAAA